AUGUCCCAGCCCGUCCCUAUCCAAGACCUCACAGCCCUCGAGCGCAUCGGCCCCAAGGGCUACCUCCGCUAUGUCUUCCCCUUCCAGCUGCCAGAGAACUACGACCUGUCCGAAGUCUCGCGCGUCGUGCAAGCCGGGUACGACACCCUCACGCGGCGCAUCCCCGUGGUGGCGAGCGAAGCCAUCCCAGACCCCGACGCCAAACAAGCGGGCGUGCUGAAAUUCCACGGCCGGAACGAGGACAGUGCCAAAGUCAUCGUCAGGGACCUGCGCGACUCCUUCGAACAAAGCUACUCCGAUCUGAAAGCGCGCCAUUUCCCCGUUUCCGCGUUCGAUGCUGAUACCCUCUGUCGUCGCUCCGUGUGGCCGACUGCCGGCGAACGACUGCCUGUUUCUCUGGUCCAGGCGAAUUUCAUUCCGGGCGGACUGCUUCUGACGUGGUGUAUCCUGCAUAUGGCAGGCGACGGGACGGCGUUUUAUACAUGGACGAAACUAUGGGCGGAGGGAUGUCGUGUCGCGCAGGGCCUCGAUAUCGCAGAACCAGCGCAGAUAUCAGAGGAGCUAUGGAAGGACAGAGCACAGAUCAUAAAACCGCUCGGUCAUAAUGAAGGGAAGCCCGAGAAUCACCCUGAGUAUACCAUUCUCCCGUUCACGCCGCAGGGAGCUCCGCCCAAGAUGCUCUCGCCCAGCCACAGGGGGCAGGUGUACUAUUUCUCCCCUGAGUCUCUGGCGGCACUCAAGGCCGAAGCGUCUCCGGCGAAUGCAACAACCGCGACGGAGCAGUCGUGGAUCUCGACUAACGAUGCGUUAUCUGCGCUUGUCUGGCGGACUGUCAUGGCGGUUCAGUCGCCGUUGGAUACCCUCGAGGGCGACCCUGUAUCGACAUUCAAUGUCGCCAUUGACGGACGACAGCGCACGAACCCAAAGGUCCACCCGAAUACACUCGGCUGCUUCUUGGAGUAUGUCGCUGUUUCGACGCCGAUUCGGAAGAUGCUGUCCGAGCUGAAUCUGGCUGACCUGGCGGUCCAGAUCCGCAAGGCGAUUCUACGCGCUGACGGCGAGUUCACAGACGACGUCGUGUCUCUUGUUGAGAAGCUGGAGGAUGUGGAUAGACUGGUUCCGACUGCGUUUUUGGAUGUUCCUGGCUUCAACUGUGUGCAGACGUCGUGGGUUGGCUUUGAGCUGUAUGGGCUGGACUGGGGGACUCUGCUGGGGGGGAAGAUUGACGCCGUGAGAGUGCCGAAUGUGGGCUGUAUCAACGGGGCGCAGGUGGUGCUUCCUGUGCUGCCGGAUGGGGGGAUGGAGGUUCUUGUUGGUGUUGAGGAGACUUGUCUGGAUAGGCUGCUGCAGGAUCCUCUGCUCAACAAGUUUGGAGUCCCACGAUAG